AUGCCGGUACACGCAGGCAGCCCGACCACACUCUCCCGCAAGGAGCUGCUGCAAGUCAUCGAGACCAUGGAGGCGAGGAGCAUCGAUGACGAAGAAGAACGGCGCGCGGUCAGCUCCAGGUUGAGCAUGUGGUGCGGACGGCCGGGCUUCUUCUUCGACUGCUUUCUCCCCCGCUUCCGGGAGCAGUUUCGCGGCACCGCGCAUGGUGAGGCCGAGGCCAAGCUCAUCGAGAAUACCUUCGACGAGGCGCUCAACAAACUACUCGAUCCGGCGAGCGUGGCGGUCACGGCAGCGAGAUCGUCCACUUCCUCUACUACUGCUACCGCCUCCAUGGCGGUCAUAUCGAGCGAUAUGGCCAGACUCGUGGAGGCUGGCCUCGCCAUCGGGAAGAGCGUUGGAGUCGUCGCCGAGCCUCUGGUGCGGAGCUUUCUGGACAGCGUGGCGCACAAACUCGACGCGUAUGCUGGGUGCGACAAGUACAUCGCUAGUGAGGAUCAGGCGGGACAAGGACUACUGCCGGUCACCAUUCAAAGUCAGGGGACCGCGGCUAAGCUGAGUGCAGCGCUGCAGUUUGACGGCGCGAUCAGGAGCACAACUGACAAUGAUGACGAGGACGAGGACGAGGACGAGGACGAUGACGGGGACGAUGACGACGACAACGACGAACAAGGGGAAGAAGCGAAAGGAACGUUCCACAAACAUCACAAGCUGACAGGAUAA